AUGGAUCAACAGGAACCACCAGAGUUUAUUCUCGACGUAUUUACUGAUCCGCGCUCCGUUCGCGACGUUGUCAAAGUUCCUCAAACUCGUGAAGUUCUGGACCUCACCCUCCCCUAUGUGGACGACGAUGAGUUGGAGACCAUGAUAGAGCAGCGCGUCGCGGCUUUCGAGCGACAGAUAGACACACAGCGCUCAUCCGGCGGGACAAACAAUGCCUCUGGUGGAAGCGCGACCGGUGGGCGCGGACAGUUGGUUGUGCAGUUCUUUGAGAAGCGCCGGCGUAAGGCCUGGUUAUCUCGUGGGGAUGAAGAGGUUUGCUGGGAAUGUUGGACGAUUAAAGUAACAGUCGCCGAGCCCAGAACAGAAAGCGAGCGGGCCAAAGUUCGACGCGCGAUGGAACAAACUCUUCUAACGACGGCGAUGAAGAUUGUUACGUUCGCAAACACCCAUAAGGACCACAUACCACCCAUCACUACCCAAGGAACGAACCCGUUCCCAUACAAGAUUAAUCUCGACCAGAAGGAAGCAACAGGCUGGGCAACACGAAUGCGAAUAUACUGA